AUGCUUCGUGACUUUGGAUCCAGACUUGUCAGUGCUCUAGCGGAACCUGCUACUUCUUGCAAGCCUCAUCAGACGAAACAGAUAAGCACAAGGCUAGUGAAACUACAUCCAGCUGCUCUCUAUACGCCCUAUGGGGUUCAAAAACGUCAUGAGAUGGAACAGCAGGAUGAAGAUAAAGACGCUAUAAAGCAAAGAAUGGUCAGCUUGUUCCAAAACGGCAAAUUUCAGGAGAUGAACCUACUUUUGCAAGAGUAUAGAAGUAAGGGCCUGACGCUUCCAGCCGAUGUACUUAAUGAAAUGGUCGAGGAGCUACGAAAAGAUGCAUCUGGAAUCAACGAAAACCAAGAUCCGUUGUACAAAAUUGACAUAGAGACGCCAUGGUUCAUCGGGAAGAAUAACCUCAAAGCUGCUGCGCAAUUUGGCAGCAUUUAUCCCAGAAUUCCUAGGUUUUACGAGGCAUUCCAACUCAUGCAGCUCAAUAACCUACGAAGUGCUAGUUCGAAGACGCUUGAAAAUGGUAUAUGGCUUUGCUACCACAUGGACGAUGCGAACAAUCUACAGCUGCUUCUAUACGCAUACUUACAGAAGCCAAAUUACGAUAGCAAGACAUUGAGCUAUGCAGUGAAUGCUUUCAUCAUCAACUACGAUGUUCAAUUCGCCAAGACGCUUUUCCAGAGCAUAGUACAGAUGGGCAAGGCGCUUGAUAGCCACCUUUUAUCUACCACGAUGGCCAACCUUGUGAAGGUUGGAGCAGUCUUCGAGAAUAUUGACAGCAUCCUCCAUACUUGGCUCAAGUCAGCUAACUGCUCGCUGCCUGAUGCUAAGACAACUGCAUUGCUUCUCAAACACUAUCUCAAGUUUGGCCGAGCAGAUGAGGUGAAGACCUUGUCACAAACAAUUGAGUCAUUAGGAUACAAGAACCAUUAUCUUAUUUCUAUGGCCAAACUCCAUUCUGAUAUCCAAAAUCGGAGUUAUGAUCAGAAACAGCAAUUGACACAGGGCGAUGUCAGUCAAAUGCUACUGAUCAGAAAUUCUGUUGCAUACAAUAGAUCAGCAUUACGCUCAUACUAUGAAUCAACUCUUGCCUUCCUUGCAAGACACUCCAAUACAAGCAUGCUUCAUUUCAUGAUGGAAGAAAUGAGAGCGGAUGACAUUAAGUUAUCCAAAUUUGCAUACGACGUCAUCAUACGGCAUUAUAUCUCUGAGAGAAAGUUCAUUCCACUCCUUUCGCUAAUGAAAUCUCUCUCCCAAUCGGUGGAUUUCGAACCUUACUAUGUUAAACAACUUUUUGAUGGCUUCGUUAGAGCAUACCCAUACGAGGGCGCUGAAAUAUCUCAUUGCUUAGAACAUUGGCUUCAGAUGAACCAGAGUAAGUUGGAUAUGGGUACGAAACAAAGAAUACUAGCGUCAUGCCGUGUUUCAAAGAUCCAAUCAAACCUCACUCCAUAUGCUCUCCUGAAAGACAGUUUGAGUAAUCACAAAAAGUAUGACUCGGCUGAAUGGUCUUCUAUAAAGCAUAGUCUUUUGAAGAAGUUAAAGGUGAAAAGUAAACAGCAAGUUAUUUUCAGAGUCAACAAGGGCUUCCGUGACGUUCUUCGGAAAGGUGUGAAGCCUGACUAUCACUUGCUUGAGAAUACGAUGAGAAAGCUGAACCAUUCAUACAGACUCGGAAUAUUGGGUAGUUUGGGGCAGAUGCGUAUGAAUAUGUGCAAGCCCAGGCUCGUCAUUCUACACGAGACGCUAUCAGAUCCUCCAAAAGAGAAGCUUAUUAAGUUUGUGAGGGAUGUUGAGCAAGACCUCAACACAAGCGACAAGUUCUUCCUUGCAAGACGCUUGAUGAACAAGUACGCUUUUGAGGACUCUUUGAGACUUCUCAAUUCCGUCACUAAGGAUGAGGUUGGAGAUCAACGUGAAAUGAUACUUCUCAACUUGAAGCUUCGUAACGAAAUCGCACUCAAUAACUUCGAAGAGUGCAAAGAGAUAAUCAAACGUUUCCCAAUCGACGAGAUAACACUCAGUCCUUAUAUCCUCAAACAGUGUUGCUACAUUGAAAAGUCACUCAUUAAGAAGAUAAAGGCUCUGGAAGCCAGUAUCACAUCAAAGCUUCAUGAAAUGACAGAUUCGAUGCAGCAGAGCUUGGAUGCCUUGGGCGGUCUCAUUGGAGACAUUGAGCUUAGACUUCAGCUGGACAAAACAGACCUCAAGGAUAAGGUCGUGGAGAUGCUCCAGAUGUUAGACCAAUGGAUUAAGAAAUCCAAUCAUGACCAUCGUUAA